AUGUACCAACUGUUUGCGCUUUCAUCUUGUCUCAUUGAGGAUCCAUCAACCAGACGCCAACUACCCAGAAAUUAUGUGCAAACGUUAGAAGAGCGCCUUGAAGUUCUUGAAGGUCUUUUGCAGCAACAACAACAACGCGGUCAAAGCCAGGCAGAGACCGUUGAGCCACCACAAAGGUCCCAAUCUCACAUCCAUGACUAUGCGAACACACCUACAACACGUUCUGUCGCCAGCGAAAACGACGAUCCCGAAGGAAGUGAUAACCUAGUCUCCAAAGCGGGAGUGCUAAGUCUUCAUGCAUCAGGUGCGGAACCGCAUUAUUUCGGACAUUCAUCGAUGUUCUCCUUCUCUCGUAUUAUCCGAUCUUGUGUCCGCCAGGUUGGGCAAGGGAGGUCGGACGAGCAAUUCGAGUCAGCUUUAGGUGGAGCGGGAAGUUCGUCCAUUUCACCUUGCAAUCUACCAGACUUGGGAGUUGGUCUGAUUCUCAGUAAUGCGUAUUUCGAGAAUAUACACUUGCAAUACCCCUUCUUGCAUGAACCAACUUUCAGGCAAUGGGAGAAUAAUGCUCAUGGAAUUGGGACACAAGUCACCAAUUCUAUGGAGCUAUUUUUCGUCAACAUAGUAUAUUCGGUGGGUUCUCUUCUUAAGCCAAACACGGGAACCCUUUCACAGCAACUUUAUGCCUCCGCUCUCUUGUAUUUCGACGAUGUGAUUGCCCAGAAGAACAUCGAAUCAAUUCAAGCCGUGCUUUGCUGCGCAAUGUUUUCAUUGAGGUCUACGGUAGGACCUUCCACAUGGAAUCUAUCUGGACUUGCGUUACGCCAGUGUAUUGAAUUGGGCUAUCAUCGGAAUUUUAAGAAAGCCAAUCCGAUCACGAAUACUUUGCAGUCAGAAAUGAAGAAGAGAGUAUUUUGGUGCGCCUAUCAGAUUGACUGUGCUUCCUCUGUCAAUGUCGGCCUCCCACUCAGCCUGCCUAUUGAAGAAGUGGACACAGAGUUUCCUCUCGAUAUCAACGAUUCCGCCAUCAGCAAUGAAGGUAUUGGGGAAGCUCCACGGCAGUCACGGCUUGAUCCCGUAACCACUGUCACACAUGCAUUGCACCAAUUUCGCAUCCGCUGUAUCUGGGCGCGGAUCUAUGCGGCGCUUUACACCAAUGCAGCCAUUAAACGCCACAACAAGGAGAGCUACGAAGCGCAAAUAAAAUCUCUGCGCAGCGAGCUCGACAAUUGGAUGUCAUUGACACCGCCCGAACCCCAUCGAGCAGGCCCUACACUAUGCGUAUUUGCCAGCACGGAAGACUACAAGAUCACAUACAAUGAGACCAUCAUCCUGCUCUACCGAGGAAAAUUAACCAGAGCAAAGGACAAUCCACCAGACGACAUCUUCCUAGAAUGUAUGCAGGCCGCCAGCAGCAUCUGCGACUCCUGCAAGCGUCUCUACGUCGGCAAGCCCAUCAAUUACACUUGGUCUGCGCUCCACGUCCUUUUCCUCGCAGGAUUGACGUAUCUUCACUGCCUCUGGGCAUCGCCGACCUGUCGACAAGCAGCACGAUACGACAAGGCGAGCAACACAUUUACAAACUGCACCAUGCUCCUUGCCAUAAUGGCGGAGCACUGGGCGGGCGCUGCGCCAUACCGCGACUUGUUCCAAGCUCUGGCCUCGCGUACCAUGACCAUGAUUGUGGAGCAAGGCCAGGAUGCAAGUCCAGUUUUCACAGCCCCGAGCCCGAAUACGGAGGAGUUGACGCAGUGGGCGGCACAGAUUGCUGAUCUCAGUAUGCCGGACGCAUUUGGGACUCUUUUGACUAGCCUUAUCGGGGAUUAUAACCAGGAGGGAUAUGGGUUUUAG